GCAUGCUCACACAGGACGUCCGACGAGGGGGAAAACUUUCCUUACUUCAAACUUUCUACUGGAGUUUUUUGCGUACGAUGUGAGGGUGAUGGCCACCACAAGUGCUGACUGGGUGGAGAUCCUGGAGCCGCGCUCCAGGGAGCACAUGUACGUGAACCUGGCGACGGGCGAGUGCGGCUGGGAGCCCCCCGCGGGCGCCCCGGUGCGCCAGUCCGACGGCAACCAGUGGUGGGAGCUGUACGACCCGCAGAGCAGCCGCUUCUACUACUACAACGCCUCCGACCGCCUCACCGUCUGGCACCGGCCGCAGGGCGCCGACAUCGUGCCGCUCUCUCAGCUACAGGCCAUCAAGCGCUGCAGCGAGGGCCAGAGACCCCCGGGGCCGGGCACCCCUGGAGCACCACUGCCCACCCUCGCCAUCGCCGCCCCAGCUCCGGCCCCCCCAGGGACCAACGGAGGGGGUACGGGCACCAGGGAGAGACUGCAGCAGGCUUCCUCGCAGGGAGGUGGCACUACUAUGGGGGGGAGACACACGCCACUGGCCCUGCCCGCCCCUCCGGAGCCCUACCCUACUAAAGACGUUGGCGGAGAGGUGGAGAGGGAGAUGGAGAGGGAGAGGGAGCGAGAGAGGAAUAGAGAGAGCAAGAUGACGAACGAGGGCACCAUGGAGAGGCAGCAGGGGGACGGCAGCCCUGACGGUGAUGGCAAAGACAACAUGAGAGACUCGUCUCAGAGAUGGCAGCCCCCGCCCGGCUCUAAGGCGGCCAUGUUGGUGAAGGUCAACAGCAUGAGCAGAGGCCAAUCAGCAGCAGCAGCAGCUAACGGAGCACACACCAACACCAACACCACCCCGAAGCCCCACCACAACAACAACAACCAAUAUCCCCACCCCCACUCCGCCUGCACCCUCAACCCCUCCAGCGUCAAACCCGGCAGCGUGUCCUACCUCUCGGCGCAGGCCUACAAGACCACGCCGGCCGGGGGCAGUAGCAAGAUGGCCGCCAGCGACAGUGCCGGCACCAGGCAUGCGCACCACCUGCGCAAGGCCAGCAACGGCAGCUUCUGCCUGGUGACGACGUCGCCGCAGCAGGGAGACCUGGCGCCCAGCCCCGGGUCCUUGUCCCUGUCCAGAUCUCAGUGCAGCACGCCGCGCCCCGUGUCGCCGCAGUACGCCACCACCCCCACGCGGCUCUACGACGACCCGCUCUCCGAGAACCCCAUCUACGACGAGCCCCCCGACAUGGCCAUGGAGGUGGAGGGGGCGCAGAUGAUGAACGGUGGAGGAGGCGGCGGUGGUGGCGGCACCGCGUCCAGACACUUAGCCCACCAACACCAACACCACCCUCAUCCCCACCACCACCACCAGUAUCAAGCCCACCAGCAGCCUCAUCCAGGCCACCACCCCCAGCAGCAGCAGCAGCACCCUCCACACCCUCUCUCCCAGUCCCAGCACCCCCACUCCCAGAGCAGCCUGCAGAAGCCCACCAAGCUGCUCCAGCCCCCGCCGCCGGGCCACAGCUCUCGGCACCGCAGGAGCCCCCCCUCGUCCAACUACAGCCCCGCCGGCCUGGAGUGCAUCAAGCACAUGGUCAACGUGGACCCCAAGCAAGCAGCAGCAGCAGCAGCUAGUGGUGGCGGUGGUGGUGGAGGUGGCAGUGGCAGUGGCAACGGCAGCCUCCUCCUGUCCUCCCCCUCCCCGGGACCGUCCCCUUCCCCGUCCCCCACCUCCGCCUCCACGCCGGACUCCCUCCUCCCCCACGGCGGUGGCAGCGGCACGCAGAGGUCUCGUGGAGGAGGUGACCGAGGAGGUGACGGCGGUGGUGGUGGCAGUAUCAGCCUGGAGAAAAAGCAGCAGUCGUGGCGCGCGCUGGAGGCCAGCGUGCUGCGGGCCAUGGAGGUGCACCACAGCCGGCAGAGCAGCCAGGCCUCGCAGCAGGACUACGCCAGCCCCCCGGGGCCGCUACCCGGCGCCCCUCCCCCUCCCCCUCCGCUGGGGCCCGGGGGCUACCAGGACUCGGGAUACUCCACGGGCCCGUCGCCCAGCCUGAGGCGCAAAAGCAGGAGGCGCGUCGGAGGAGGUGGAGGUGGUGGUGGAGGAGGAGGAGGAGGUGGGAGACCAGGGUCGAUGGGCAGCAGCGGGGAGCUGAACGCCCUCAACGAGCGGCUGAUGGCAGAGAUGCGCGAGGUGGUGGGCCGCUCCAACACCAUGAGGGAAACGCGGGCCAUGGCCGCCGCACACGCCGCCGCAGCAGCAGCCGCCGCCAACGCAUCAGGACACGACGCGGACAUGAUGACGGCCGAGGGCUACCUGACCGGAGCCCUGCUCUGCCACUCGCCCAUCGGGUCGCCGCGCCGCUACGGACGAGGCCCCCGCUGCUCCUCCAGGGAGGACCUGGCGUCCUCCUCCUCCUGCGCCUCCUCCUCCGCCAACCCCAUCAACGUCAACCUGGGCGGGAGCCGCUCGCUGGGCCGAGGGAGCCACCAUCACCACCACCACCUCCAUCACCACCAGUACCAGCAUCAGUACCAGCACCAUGGGGGUCCUGGUGGACACCUGGCCAGCCUGGACAUCCCCGGCCGGCAGAAGAGGACCUACGAGAAGGUGGACACGCUGGAGAAGAGCAUCAACAGCCAGAUGAGCCUGUCCUCGCCCGACACGCUCGGACCGCCCUCGCAGUCGGGCACCCUUGACUCCAAGGUGCAGUUGGAGGGCCGGAAGAAGGGCAUGGAGGGUCGCUCAGGGUCCCUGGGCCCCCACAGGCUGGGCCCCGGGGACGCCCUCGCUCGGGGCGGGACGGUAUCCGGAGCCACAGGAGGAGGAGGAGCAGGGGGCUCUGGGGGCGGUGGUGUCGUCGCCGGGUACCAACUGGCCUACGCCACCCUGCGCCAGCCCCCUCCGCCCGCCGACCCGGACAUGGCGGACUGGGCCAGCAAGCACCUGAACUCGCACACCCAGGGCCUGUUCCGGCGCCGCGUGUCCAUCGCCAACAUGCUCAGCUGGAACCGCGGCUCCAUCAAGAAGCCCAUGCUGGUCACCAGCGACCGGCUGGUGCGCAAGGAGGCCUGCGAGAUGUUCAAGCUGGUGCAGGCCUACAUGGGAGACCGGCCCUCGCGACUGGAUCGCCGGCACGCAGCGCUCCUGGUGGUCACCAAGUGCUGGGCCAUGCAAGGCUUGCGGGACGAGUUGUACGUGCAGCUGGUGCGUCAGACCACGGGCAACGUGAGCCCGCGCAGCCUGGCGGCCGGCUGGGAGCUGAUGGCCGUGUGCCUGGCCUUCUUCGCACCCUCGCCCAAGUUCUGCUGCUACCUGGAGGGCUACAUCCAGCGCCACAUGGAGCCCGCCAGUGACAAGAAACGUGAGUUUCUCAUUGAGCAGCAACAGGUCACCCAGUUCAUCCUCGACCAGCAGGACAUCAAGAAGAAGAACUCAAAGUCCAGGAAGAAGCGAAAGCAGAACACUGAGGAUGACGAGCAGGAGGGUCUUCCCAUCAGCACUUAUGCCAAGUACUGCCAUCGCAAGCUGCAGAAGGUGGCCGUCACUGGGGGCAAAAAGGGUCUGCGUAAGCCCACGCUGGAGGAGGUGGAUCACAGUCGGAGGGCGAUCAUCACCCCGUCGCUGUUCGGCAGCUCCCUGGAGGAGGUGAUGGAGCGUCAGAGUGAGCUGUUCCCCGACCGCAAGCUGCCCUGGGUGCAGGUGCAGCUCUCCCAGUACGUGCUGGCCCUCGGAGGAGCUCAGACAGAGGGCAUCUUCAGGGUGCCCGGGGACAUCGAUGAGGUGAACGCACUCAAGCUGCAAGUGGACCAGUGGAGAAUUCCAGAGAACCUCUCGGAUCCCAAUGUCCCUGCCUCCCUGAUGAAGCUGUGGUAUCGGGAGCUGGAGGAGCCUCUGAUCCCCAUGGCCUUCUAUGCGCAGUGUGUGAGCCACUGUGACGACCCCGUGGCUGCCAUCAGUGUGGUGCACUCCCUGCCCGACCUCAACAGACUGGUGCUCUGCUACUUCAUACACUUCCUGCAGGUGUUUGCUCAGCCGGCCAACGUGUCGGUGACCAAGAUGGACGUGAACAACCUGGCCAUGGUGAUGGCGCCCAACUGCCUGCGCUGCCAGUCGGACGACCCGCGCAUCAUCUUCGAGAACACGCGCAAGGAGAUGUCCUUCCUGCGCAUGCUCAUCGUGCACCUCGACACCUCCUUUAUCGAGGGCAUAGUCUAGAUCGCAGACGCACACACUCUCUCACAAACACACACACACACACACACACACACACACACACACACACACACACACAGACACUGAUUCUCUCCCGCUCUCUCUCUCUCCCUCUUUCAGUCUCUCUCUCUAUAUCCCUCUC